AUGGCGAGACGGGUCUACGAAGCCUGGAAAGGAAGUAAUGUACUGAUCCUCCUCUUCCUCACUUCUGCGCGAGAUCCUGGAAUCGUACCAAGAAACUCGCAUCCGCCAGAGGAAGAGCUAUGCUAUGAUACAACUGUAUCAAGUGAUGGAAGACAAACACCCAUUGUUCAAAUCCCUAGGACGAAAGAAGUCAUGGUUUAUGGCGUUCCUGUUAGAGUCAAAUACUGCGACACAUGCAUGCUCUAUCGCCCUCCUCGUUGCUCCCAUUGUUCCAUUGCAACAACUGUGUUGAGCGUUUCGAUCAUCAUUUCCCUUGGGUUGGCCAAUGCAUUGGAGUGGUAA